CAGUAGCUGUUGAGUGAAACGUUGUUAUAUUGAACUAAAUCUAAAAAUAACGUUAGAGCAUAAAUUGAGUUGAGCACAAAUUCGAGCAAUAAAUUCAUAUUCACAAAUAGAGUUAUUUAUAUUUUUUGCAAAUUCAAGAAAUGAAGGCAGCAACUACUUCUUGGGCUGAUGAACUGGAAGCAGAUUAUGUCGAUGGACUGCCGCCAUCCAAAGAGACUGUGGACGGCGACUACAAGCAUGUGACCGAGUACAAAUACAACGAGGAAGGCAAAAAGAUCAAAGUGAUGCGCAGCUUUAAGAUCGAGAAAAAGAUUGUUUCGCGAGCCGUGGCCAAGCGUCGCAAUUGGGUGAAGUUCGGUGAUUCGAAGGACGAUAAGCCAGGACCAAAUUCAUAUACAACGAAAGCAGCCGAUGAGAUACUAAUGAACUUCAUUGGCUCUAAAGACUUUGAGCCAACACAAGAUUCACUUUUGGAUGCUGGCAAGCCGAUGGCAAAGUGUCGCAUUUGCAAUGGUGAACAUUGGUCUGUUAAAUGUCCCUACAAAGGCACCUCUUUGGAUAUGGAAAGCAAACCCAUAACGGUGGCCAGCACGUCCGCUGGAGAAUCGUCGAAGCCAGGACGUUAUGUGCCGCCUUACCUCAAGGAGAGCGGCAAGGGACGUGAACGGGAUGAUUCCUCUGCGGUGCGCAUUUCAAACUUAUCCGAAUCAAUGACCGAAGAUGAUCUCGAAGAGUUGGUAAAGAAGAUUGGUCCAUACACGAAAAUGUAUUUGGCUCGAGAAAAGAACUCUGGCUUAUGCAAGGGAUUUGCCUAUGUGCACUUUAAGUAUCGCAAAGACGCAGCGGAGGCGAUUGAAAUACUCAAUGGACAUGGCUAUGAUCAUCUAAUACUAAGUGUGGAGUGGUCAAAGCCGCAGAACUAAAGACAAAAAGUUUUCAGUAACAAGUUGAAGCAAAGCCGUUAAUGCUUUGUUUUAAAUGUGUGAGCUCUUCACAUGUGACAACAUCAAGAAAAAUUCCCACAAACAGAGGGAAGCAAAGGAAAAGCUGCUAAAACACCAGCAGACAUUGGCUGACUCGAACAUUAAUAAUUAAAUUGAGGAAAAGAAAAGUCCUGCCACACACACACACACCCCAACUUCAGUUUUUACACACUUUUGCAAAGACUCUCAUGAUGUGGCCAAUGGAAUAGUGCGAGCUGUGAGAAACUGAACUUAAAUACACAUUUGAAUUCCUCGACGGUUGGCUUUUGCUUUAGCUUUGGCUUUAGUGGGGAGGGGGAAGUCGGAUCAAAGCGUAGCAUACAUAAGAAAUUUAUACCUGCAGCUACUCGCUUUGUUUGUGCUCGCUGUUGGUGGGUGGCUGAGGUGAGGUGGCGGUGUGGCGACGAAAGCAAAGUCUAAAACAAAUUACUGAAUAAUUUAUAAAUUAACUUUUUCUUCGUUCGCCUUUGUGCGCGACGACAAUGGCCAAGGUGGAGGUGGAGUUUGGGUGACCUGCUUACAAUUUUUUUCUUUUUUAACAACCACCCGCUUUAGGUAAACUAUGUGAACGUAUAUAAUUGUAUAUGGAUGUGCGAGUAAAGCAAAAGCAUAGCGCAUAUACAACGAGAAAGUGGUUCGAGUGGCACGCACAUGGACAGACGGAGAGACGGACAAACGUUGCCACAAUAGCAUUUGGCCAGUCAGUAGUCGGUAGUCCGAGUGGGUCAGUUCUCAGGGGCAUUUGAAUAUUCAAAUGGCAUUUCGUGGUCGUUGUUUGUUGCGCUUUAAGCAUAUGAACGUUAUUUACUGUUUUAUUGCACGCAGGCGCAUACACAAAAAUUGCUAAAAUAAUUACACAGUUGUGGCAACACACACACACCCGCACACACACACUCAGCAAGACGCAACAAAACAACCGCCAAAAGCAGCAGCGGCAGCUAAACAAAAUUAAUCCUCCAAUGGCCUCAAACCGAGGACACGUGGAGCAAGCGUUCCCCAAGCGCAGCACCUGGGCAACCUCAGUUCAUACACUUCUACUAACUAUGGCAACUGCUUUUUUUUUGCCUUUGCUCUUUGCCCUGCAGCGCAUUAAAUUAGCUAAAAUAUAGAAAAAGGAACGCAUUGAUUCAUUCACGUCUUACCUGGAAUGGGACCGCAAACGCGUGGUAUUAUCUCCAGUAUGGCCGAGCAGGAGGGAUCCUCAAAGCAUAAUUGACGGGCCAAAAUGCAAUUGAGAAUUGCAACCACGCCUUUAAUGGUUGAACCU